GAGCUGUCACAAUGAAAGAGAACAAUCACAUACAGUACAUCUUUACUGUUGAUAAAAGCUGGAACACUGCGGUAACGGCAUAUGCUGAACAUCUACUAGGGAGUAAUACAUCAACUCAAGUAAUAACUGUACUUGCUCCUCCAGGUCCAAUUGAUGUGUCUGUAAACACCUCUUGUUAUAACAAUAAUAACAGUUUACUGGUUAUGUGGACUGUGUACAGCAAUGGUGGACGUGACAUCAGCAAGUACACAAUGAGAUGGAGGAAAGGUUGUAGUAAUACUACAACUACAUUGCUCAACUCAAAGACAUGGAUGGUAUCAGACAAUGUCUUUACACAGCAAGGAGGCAGUUACAUAAUACCAGGACUGGAUGGUAACACAACAUAUUGUAUAGAUGUGGAAGCAACAAAUAGUAUUGGACCAAUGUUGACGACAGUCAAAGCAACUACACUGUCUGUCCCAAACCAGCCUACACUUCAAUGUAAUCCCACAUUGACCACAAAUACAAGUGUAGCAAUAGCUUGGGUAGUCGGCAGCAAUGGUGGUGAUGACGUCUCACAUUAUGCUGUAGUACUGAGUGAAGAUCUGAAUUUCACACAGACAGCUUAUUCAAAGAAUCUGUUUGUGGUUGACAAUUCUGAGUUGACACAGAAGGGUGGAAUGGUUACUGUGCCAGGUCUUUCUGGUGGAACAACAUAUUAUGCAAAGGUUGUUGCAAGAAAUUGUGUUGGUGCUAGUGUUCUUGCUACUCAGUCUUGUUCUACACGCUGUGGUCAGUGUAUUUGUCAAUUAUUGCAGCUGCAAGCAGCCAAAGAAGUAUUUUUGUCUGAUGACACCAUAACACUGACAGUAAAGGCUCCUGACUUGAAUUGUCAAAUUGACAAAUACAUUGUUAAAGACGUAGCGUCUGCUGACGAACUCCAGUCAUCAUAUUCUGUUGAGAAUGGUAUUGUAACUAUUGCCAUAACGGGACUGGAGGCAGGAGCAAACUAUACAGUUCAAGUGUAUGCAGUAUAUGAUGAAUCACUGGAACGUCCAAUAGGGAAACCAGUCACAUUUCAAAUAUCAAGCCAAGAUAAAGUAACUGUAGGUGGAUUGUCGUCGGGAGUCAUAGCUGCAGUUGCUGUUCCGCCUGUCAUCAUAGUCGUGAUUGUGUCUCUUGUUCUCUGGUGGUUUAAAGCCAGAAGAGCAUCUUCAGAGUCAAGACCUCCACACGUGAAAACUACAGAAGAUAUAAGAUCUGAUCAUGAUACUGUAAUGAGUCAGUCCAGUGCCUAUACUUAGCCUCGGCCUCCCAGACCCGUGUAGCGCCGAUACAAAAUCGUCCUCCACGGGUCUGGGAUGGUACCGCCUCUUCUCAAUAUAUUGCGGUUGGUCCUAGGACCAG